UCACUGCGGCUGCGGGCCAGGCCUGCCCACCGGGGUGGCCGAGCGUCCGCCGCCGUAGGGGCUGGGUGCUGGCCGAGGAGCCUCGAGGAGUGUAGGGGGAGCGAGGGAAGAGGCGUUAGAACCGUUGCGACUCUCGGGCAGGAGCGCGGCCCGCCCGCGCAGGGGUACCAGAAGAUGUUGCAGUGGCGAUACCUCGCAGUGCAAGCUAUGAGUGAAAGUCACUAACUGACGUCCCCUUGCUCACCCUGCUCUGCCACAGGCUUCCCCUAACGCAGGAAGCAAAGGUCAGGGGAGAAGGGUUGAAGGCCGCCAUGAAGCUGAAGCAGCGAGUUGUGCUGUUGGCCAUCCUCCUUGUCAUCUUCAUUUUCACUAAAGUUUUCCUCAUUGACAACCUGGACACCUCAGCUGCCAACCGGGAGGACCAGCGCGCCUUUCACCGCAUGAUGGCAAGCCUGCACCUGGACCUGGAUCCUCGGCUCGACCACACCCUGCAGUCCCCUUGGGAGAUCGCAGCCCAGUGGGUGGUGCCCCGGGAGGUGUAUCCCGAGGAGACACCCGAGCUGGGGGCUGUUAUGCAUGCCAUGACAUCCAAGAAAAUAAUAAAAGCUGAUGUGGGAUACAAAGGGACCCAACUGAAAGCUUUGCUAAUACUUGAAGGAGGACAGAAGGUGGUCUUCAAACCCAAGAGAUAUGCCAGGGAUUAUGUCGUGGAAGGAGAACCCUAUGCCGGCUACGACAGGCACAACGCAGAAGUGGCAGCCUUUCACUUGGAUAGAAUUCUGGGCUUCCGCCGAGCUCCACUGGUGGUGGGCAGGUUUGUGAAUCUACGUACAGAGAUCAGACCAGUGGCCACAGAACAGCUUCUGGGUACCUUCAUGACUGUGGGCAAUAACACCUGUUUCUAUGGGAAGUGCUACUACUGCCGGGAGACAGAACCAGCCUGUGCAGAUGGGGACAUGAUGGAGGGCUCGGUGACCCUGUGGCUGCCAGAUGUCUGGCCUCUGCAGAAACAUCGGCACCCCUGGGGCAGGACCUACCGCGAAGGCAAGCUUGCAAGGUGGGAGUAUGAUGAAAGCUAUUGUGAUGCUGUGAAGAAGACUUCACCCUAUGACUCUGGCCCUCGUCUCCUCGAUAUCAUUGACACAGCCAUCUUUGACUACUUGAUUGGGAACGCUGACCGGCACCACUACGAGAGCUUCCAGGAUGAUGAAGGAGCCAGUAUGCUCAUCCUCCUGGAUAAUGCCAAAAGCUUUGGAAACCCUGCCCUGGAUGAAAGAAGCAUCUUGGCUCCUCUUUAUCAGUGCUGCAUCAUCCGGGUUUCCACCUGGAACAGGCUCAAUUACCUGAAGAAUGGAGUACUGAAGUCUGCCUUAAAAACUGCUAUGUCGCAUGACCCCAUCUCACCAGUGCUUUCUGACCCUCAUCUGGAUGCCCUAGACCAGCGGCUUCUCAGCAUUCUGGCUACAGUGAAGCAGUGCACAGACCAGUUUGGGCCAGAUGUGGUGCUGGUGGAAGACAGGAUGACACUGUCUCAUUUGUAACGGUAGUGGAACACAGAUGGAACUCCUAUUUCUAUAAAGAAACAAACAAGCGAUAGAGAAACAGCACAAUCAGUUCAGAAAGGCUGUGGCCGAGAUGGACUGAGAUGAACAGGAGAGAUUCGGAGCCAGAGGAGCAGAGGUGACACUGGCUUUUGCCUUGGGCUGACAGCAGCGAGAGGUGGGAAGUACCUGGAAUGGCAUCUUGGCCGUUGUGGUGUGUCCAUUGCCGGCAGUGGACGCUGCACUGGAUGAAUAUGGCUCUUGGUGUUGGUGGAAGUGUGUGGAAUGCAGACGCUAACUUGUGGACCCAGUCUAGGGGGGGACAAACAGGAUGAUCCUUUCCCCUUCUCUUCCCCAUAUACUCCUGUGAGGUUUUGUCUGAUUCAGGGUUGUAGAUAAUCAGCUGUGAGCUGGUUAGGUGUUUUACUGCUUCUUUAGAGGAAGAGGAAGUGGUGAAUAAAAUAACUACUAGACUUGAAGAGUUGCAUCACCCCCCCAGGGGUGGGAUGUUUUUCUGAAUGCCAUUAAGGGUGGGAGAGGGAACCUCUGCUGCUCAGUUGUCUUUUCCUCCAUAAAAGGCUGGGGAAAGGGGUUUACCUCACAUGAGAGAAUGCUUCAGUGGUUUUGCUGAAGUCCUAUUGAAGAUUUAUCCACAGGGUUGGAGAUUUAAGGGAGGACAGGAUGGUUAUAUAGCACUUGGUAAUUAAGGCAAAGCAAGCUUCCAUAUGUCCUGUCACUGUUUUCCAUUUAUAAGGAGUGUGGCAAGAUCCAAGUAGAGGAAAUACUCCUGCAGCCCUGUGUCCCUGUUAACCAAAUCUUCAUUACAUUGUAGCUGAGGAGGAGGAGGACAGAGUCUGUCCUUCAGCAAGGUCAUGCUGCUUACUGUAUGCCCUGUUUAAAGUGGGGAAUCUGGGUGCAUGGCACUGGGGAAAGAUGUAGUUUCUGAGCCUCCCCAGUGACUAACAGCCGUGACCAAGGCCCCGAGGACUAGAGAGAGCCCUGAGCUGUGCUGUCUCCUUCAUCUCGUAUGGGGAGAGCCUCUUGCUGCUCAGUGUUGAAACUAUGGCUCAGUGCUGCCGUCUUGUGGACACCAGCAGGUUUUCAGUCCCACUGUCUGCCUGGCCGGGCCUGUGGCUGAGCUCUGACCCUGCCAGCACCUCCCUUAAGUUGUAUUCCUUCCCCAGCUGCCUCCUGCAACCUCUGCUGCAGCGUUCUGACUGCAGUGGUCAUUUUGGGGUUGUCACUCGGUGGUUUCGCCACAGAUAAGAAAGAAUUGGUGUAAGGUGGCUUUGCAGGGUAGACCUGCAGCACUACUCCUCUGUGUGUGUUCUGUCACCCCUCAGCACUCUGCCAGCCUGCACUGGGGCUGAGCUUGUGGCCAAAAAACUUGUGGUAGGUCUGAAUCUGCCUUCAGAAGGGAAGCAACUUCAUCAUUACCCUUCCAAACGAACAGCUUUGCACUGAUUUUCACCUCAGACAGUGUGGGCCUUAGAAGUAAGGGAAGAGCUCACAUCCCAGACUGAGCAAGAGCAGCAAAAUGUCAGCUUAAGACCUUUUCCUUGACUUGUCUGUCAGAACCUUUUCAGCUCUGCAGCAGUGUGGCAGGCAGAUAAAGAGCUGCUUCCUGUUCUUGCACCUGCUGCCAUACCUGAUCAAAGAGAUGUUGGUGAGAGAGUUUCUUCUUUAAAAUGCAGGUUUGUUUUGUUCAAGUCUUUCUGGCAUUGCAUGAGCAGAGUAUCUUGAAAGCCCAAUGUAACUAUAUACCUGAAAUUGAAUUUUGUGUUCUAAAUCUCUUCUGGACUUGGUCACAUCACAGAGUCAGGAUGAAGUCUGGAGUUGCUAGAUUGGUGUUAGCAGUCAGGUCUGUAACUCAUAGCCAGCUUUUAGGACACUGGUGUUAAGCUAGUGCGUGCUCCUUGCUGCAGUUGAUAGUGCAACACAGGCUUUGGAAGCCAUGGUACUGCAGUGAGGUCAGCCCACCAGCCUGGGUUGUGCCUUGUGGCUUCCCUUUGGGCAGAUGUGAGUGUGCUCAGCUGAAGAUGAGCAUGAGCGAGAGCUGUGCAAGGGACUGGGUGGACUGGUCCCUCGCUGGCUGGGCUGGCCUGGCCCCUGGCUGGCAGUGGGAUUGCAGCGGCUGUGCAAGAUGUUUUGGGGAAGUAGUGUGGGCAGCAGUGGGGUGGUCAGUGGAUGCUCUUGUUCUGAAGUGGAAAAGGUUCACACAAAGGUGUUUUGGCCUAAACUGUUUGGCAGGAAAUUGAGGGGGUUUAAACAAAGGGGAGAUGGUGAAACUCAUGGUGGCAACUUGCAGAGUUGUUAGAUGUUUGUUCUUCUCUUUGAGCUUAAUCAUGAGCACUUAUGAGUUAGGGAAGGACCUACCAAACUUUGAAGCUUUGAUUUGGGUUUGAUCACUCUUGGUCAUUUACAUUUGAUUUAAUAACAGAAAUCCAAAAAGAGUCUUUAUGAAUUUAAAUUAAUGUUGAGGGCUCUAAGCUGAAGCUUUUGCCAUCAGGUGGAACCUGGGCUAAGUUUUCAACCCUGCUAUGAAUGUCAAAGAUUUAAAGCAGUGUAUUGGUUUACUUGUGAACAAAGGGCAUGAAGUCCUGCAUCAUGAGCAGGAGGGAGCAAGAAACUGUUGCUCUCUUCCUUUUCCUUUUUUUAUAUUGCAUUGAUGCUUCUGGUGACUGUAUACACCUCUGGGGCUCGGUGUUCUGCAGCAGAAUAAAUUCCUCUCUUAGCCACAAUCAGGAAGCUGUUGUGAUACUCUCUGGCAUUUUGGCAGUGGUUGUAGUUUUGCUUGACUACAGGACCCCGUGGGAAUUUCCAAUGGUAUCUGUUGUGAAGGAAACAAGCAGCAGCAGCCAGAUGCAGACAGGGUUUGCCUGACUCUCUGAAAGCAGUGCUAUUUGUGAGGCAGGUGCUGUGCUCUGUCUUCAUGACACCUUCUGAUUCUUGUUCACUGUGCACGCUGGCUCCAGAUGUUGCAGAAGGGUUGUGUUGUGGAUAUCAGUAAUAUCAGAGUGCUGGAAGCACAGAAAUCAAGAGCUAAUUAGAAAAGAGAGCACCAUCAGCCAUCUGCUAUUUAUCUCCUCCUUCCCAAGUCAGCAGUUGGGCAGGAGGAAACACUGAAGCAGGCUUCUCUUCCAGCAGCUAAUGAACUGGAGUGUCUUGCCAAACAAACUUCAACUGAAAAAUACUAAUUUAUUUUGAAGGUAAUUUAUUUGCUGUGGCAGCUGAAGCAGGAUGCUUGAAACAGACACCCCUCUUGGAGCUGUCAGAGCAUUGCCCCUGGGAGCAGCUGCGUAAAUGGAGGUUGCUAAUACAAAACCAGAACCCAAUCAUGACUUUCUACUUGUAUCCCCCAGGGUCAGGUUCUGCAUAAAGCAACGUUGUGUGAAUAAAAAUUUUAAUAAAGCAGCAUUGAUGGAUUGUUUAA